GCGGCCUCCAUUGUUUUUGAUUUUGGUGGCUGGAAGCUGAAGGACUGAAGUACAAGGUACAAGCUCAAUAUAAGAAGGCUUGUGUACUUUCCCACGCACAUCUGUGCCUGUACUGUACACUGCGUCUCUGACUGUGAGCAACGCAGAGAAAGACAUGCGAAAAGCUGCCGCUGCUGCUCCUAGUUGCGAGGUGAUGACGUUAUGAGACACUUCGGAGGUCGAAACACAGUCAUUCAGGGAAUGUCCUUGCCAUUUAUUGGCAACUAAUGAUUUUAUAAGCAGUCUGCGCGAAUGUAAAGAAGACUUGACUAUGGCAGCUGCCUAACAUGCAUCAAUGUGAGACGGGCCAUGGACUAUGUGUCACGCAGAGACUUCUACCAAAGGAGGUGUUUAGGUGCUGCUUUCUUUCUACUGCUUGCAUACGCUGUGAUAGUGGAGUGGGCAGUGUACUUCCUCAGUCCUUGGUGGAGUUGGCCAACACUACCGCUGCAAAAUGAAAUAAACACUCGUGUGCUCAUUGUCGGUGAUCCACAGUUGCUUGGAUUGGUGAAUACUGCGCCAGGAUUCUUCGGUGCUGUUGAGCUAUGGGAUGCUGACAGGUACAUCAGGAAAACAUUCAGGAGGGUACAUCGUUUCUUCAAACCCCACGUUGUCCUCUUUCUUGGAGACGUAUUCGACGAAGCCGAGUUUGCGACAGAUGCACACUUUGACAUAUACUUUAAGAGGUUCCUCAGCGUGUUCUCGGACCUCAACAUGGCACAGGCGAUCAUCAUCCCGGGUGAUAACGACAUUGGCGGAGAGGUCACUCCUCCCAAGAAGCGCAUGAUCCGGAGGUUCAACAGAUACUUUCGUAGCGAUCCAGUCGUCUCUCACGACAAGAUUGAUUUUGUCAAGGUGUGCUACGUGACAAGGUCUUACGCUUACCGUGCGUUCUUGAGAGACAAGGCUGACCACGUUAGAGUGGUUGUGUCGCAUCUGCCAUUGACUCCCACGUACGGUAGCUACGUGAAAGAUAUAGUACGAGAGAUAGAGCCCGAUCUUAUAUUUUCCGGACACGACCACUUGUCCGAGUACAUAGCGACUGGAAGAGCGAAUAAAAUGGUGGAGAAAAUGGCACUUCGUUUCACCAUGGAUCUGGUUGCGGCCCGGCUCAACCUCUCAGAUGGGCACGUCCACGAGAUUCAGGUCCCAACCUGUUCCUACCGCAUGGGCACGUACAAUGUUGGCUACGGAGCUGCCAUAAUUGAUCCGGACCGUAUCGUGACUUACGGAGUGCUCUGGUCGCCGCAGCGUCUUGCCCACCUUUUUGGCUACCUUGUAGUGUUGACUAUCAGCCUGCUGCUUGUGCUUGUGGCAGUCACUUCACCACAGAGUGUGCUCUACUUGAAGAUCAUGUUCUGCAGAAAACAUACUUGAGUGCAAGCUUACCCCCUAGUCAGAGAGGUGAUAUUUUUAUUAUUUGCCGAGUCAUCUUGCAGGGUGAUUACGUGGCUCCCUUCCCUGCACAGCUCAAUGGUGAUCACAUGUUCAGUCAAAUGAGAAGUGCACAAAUGACACAGUUUGAUUAGACAUCAGCAUUUAGGGCCAGGAUCUCUGUUUAUUGUUCCGGUCACUGAGUAAGUCGUUAUGCAUUACAAGGGUCCAGCCAAGACGUUUUGUACACGCGUUACACGUUUGUCCAUAAUUAACUGUCGUACUCUUUUUAAUGGCAGGAUCAGAAAAGGUUUGGAUAGCCAGAUCACCGUAAGACAUGCACGACUAGCAUGGGAGCUGGGAGGCCGUAUUUUGAUUGAGAGGGAUGAGGGUGAUACCCGGCGACCCUUCAGAAACGCCUCUCCCCGCCUCCCACACCUCCGGGCUUUUUGCAGUGCCAGGAGCUUUUCGAUUCCACUGCUUGUAUUACACAAAACCGAUACUGAAAGUUAAUCUGAGUUAAUAUAGAGUGCAUCUAGAAUCACAAAAAGCAAAAAAAAAAACAUCAUCAUCAUCAAGCAGGAAUUUCUUCUUUUAUUCACUAAAGUGAACUUUUUUGUCAGCCAUCGCAGCCCACUACCACAAUCUACCUUUCUUUCUUUUUUUUACGCAGAAUGGUGGGCAGAGUGUGACCUAAUGACAGCAUUCCCUUUUUUACUAACAUGGAGGAAAACUGAGAGGCAAGGACGAAAAUGAUAAACACGCGCACAGAUCCUGGAUUCUUCAUGUUCCUGAUCUGUUUCACGAUCGAGCGUCUAACAUGUUGCCACCCACAGCUCGGAAAACAGUGGCUUAAAGGGGUUGAGGAACCAAACGCAUCUCACGACUUUGAACGGCAUCGUUUCAUAUGUCGUAGUUCGUGGAGCCGGCAUGCAAAGUUCCACAUUCCAUACUCGAACCUCCGUUUUUUUUUUUAUAUGCUAUUGGGAUUUUAAAACAGCAUUUUAAAAAUUUUUUUUAAGCCGCUGUCGACGGUGGCGCUGAUCAGAACCGAGAGACAUUGACAAGCUAACAGGUAAUGACAUUUUAAAUGUGCGUGCUUGCUUGAAGUUCCCAGACAUCGCUGUACCAAAGCCGGCCCGGCGGCCGUCUCCCGCGUUACAACAGCUUACGUCGUCAUGGAAACGGAAGAGAAUGCGCUCCCUUUCUGUAACAUGAAACGUUAUUCCAAAUACGGUAAGGAAGGUUAAGAGCUGAGAGCGAUGGAAGAGCUUGCUCAACGCGCGACCUUCGCCACACGGGAUCGCAGAGACACAGCGUUUUGAUGUGCAUGUUCAGUACACAUAGAUCAAUAUUUACGAGGUGAUUUGUUCAAAAGUUUGGAAAUGGUUUCGGAACCCCUUUAAUCGAUACGUGGGACCUCAAAAGAGAGUUUUCAAUGCCAGGCAAAGCGAACAGCUUUUUUUAUGCGACUCUUCGUUAGCAGACAGAUACAUCCAGAGGUGCAUAGAUUGAGAAGUUACUCGUCAAAAAGAACUCGUUACAAGUUAAGUUACCGCGUGCAAAAUGUAACUAAGUUAAUAACGAAGUUCUUCAGCCUGAAAUGUAACUCGCGGUUACUGGGUUACUUUAAAAAAAAGAAUGAGUUACUUCCAAGUUACUUCAGACACAAACCAACAACCAAGCAUUACGCAGGUGCAGCGCGCGUGAGCAGUUGAGUUAGACAUUGAGUUGCCUGCGGAGGAGUGCAACACGCUUAGAUCGUUUUCGUUUAUGCCCAACAAUAGACCGCUCCCUGUUUGUAAACAAAUGACGUCAUAGUGUUCGACAGUGCCACAAAUUUGGUAGAAUUGAACUACGCUCGAAGCUAGAGGUGAACAAGGUCGAGCCCAAAAGCCACGGUCUUGAGGGGAUUACGAAUGCCCCUGAAAGGGACGCGACCCUCGGUCCUGCUUUUCUUUCAAUAGGAGGCAGCGAACAAGUGCCCGUUCGUGGAACCCAGCCCUCUCCUUCCGAUUUGUUUCGGUUUCAGUCUGUCUACCAACGUCAUGAUGACGAUUCUCUGGUAGAGGUCUAUUCGAACGCUUUGCAUCUUACUCCCUGUGGGCACACAAUGAUUCAACUUAAUUUCAAUGGCGGCGGUUCUUACUUCCUGAAUAAAAUACUGUCAUUGAUUGAAUAUCACGUUUUAUGGCAAAAAAUGCCACGAAGGAACCGGAGAGAAAAAAAUAAAACAUGUGGACAUGAGUGAAAGGCGUGUUAAAAGUAACUUGGCACUUAACUUCAAUUACUUUGGCAAAGUUACUUGAAAAACUAACGAGUUCCUCUGAAAGUCACCACGACGCUAAAGUACCGAGUUAAGUUACAAGUUACCAAAAAAAGAAACUUAGUUACAGUAACGAGUUCCUUCGAACUCUGCAGAGGUGUGCAAUGUGUUCAAGCGCUGGUGUCUUAGGGGAAUGCCUCACCAUCACGUGGAAGCCACUAUCCACCGUAGGAACAUUUUACGUACAAGCAAAAAGUAUGAACUAUACAAAACUGCCUCUUGAAUUAAGCAACUUUUCCAAAGCAUUGAAAAAUGUAGUGGGCUAAACAAAAAUUUGAAACCUGCUUCUGUCACCAAACGUAUAGAAUGUCCGAGGUUACAUUAACGCGAGUCUACUUCGUGUAUCUUCGGCGCAAUACUUUAGACCACUUGUUGGUAACCUUUCUCAGUGUUUGAGAUAUGUUUGAGAUAUGCAUGCUGACAGACACAAAUGGAUGAGACAAUCUUAUUACCUGUUCCCAUUUUGCUCAUCAGCAAUUGGGAUAGACAUAUUUACGCGACUUAUUGCUUUUGUAUUCUCGUUGCUCACAAUUAGUCCGUUCUGACGUUCUUGUCAUAUUGCAUUUCACAAAAUUGCCUUCAUGCACAUUUGUAAUACACUUACUACGACAAGACCAUAAGUAGGGCCUGACUUUUUCGGGUUUUAUUUUUGGCCAAAUUCGGGGGGUAAAUAUCGGGUGAUAUUUUUCAUUUGAAAAUUCGGGUGUAUUCGGGUUAAAUCCCGUUACGGCAUAUUCUGUCGUCAGGAAUUCGGGUGUAUUCGGGUGAUUUUUUUUUGUUUAAUAAAAAUUUGUCUUAACAUGGAACUAAUGUUUAGCAAUGUUAUCAAACUUUAUUUUAAUGCACGCUUAUGAGUGUGCCACGCAACCCGGAUGUUUUCGGGUAGAUUCGGGUUAAACCCGAAUUUUACAGAUUUCGUUCGGGGGGUAAAUAUCGGGCGGAUACGGGUUUAACCCUAAAAAGUCAGGCCCUAACCAUAAGGUUAGUGACAGUUUUCUCAGUUUAUGAACACAUUUUCGAAUUAUACUUACGCUAACAAUUUUUUACUUAGAUAACAUUGACUGUUAGCGAACUUUACACCAACAAAAAAAAAAAAGAUGAAUUUUGAGAAUCUCAUCUUACAGUGUUUCGCUGAAUCUCGUCUUACGGUGUUUCGCUCUUAGAUCGGAACUAGUCCUACUCGAGUGCUUUCAUCACAAGUAUUUCAGGCACGGUGUUCCACCACCAUUUCCUGCUUGUUAUUUGUGAGGAGAAUCUCAUAUUCUUGCAGAUAACCCUGCAUUUUGGACGUACAGUGAUGCAAGUAAACUGAAUGUGGCCAAGUUGUUUGCUCGUAGGAGUGCCUAAUAUCAGAUAUGUAAGACAGAAGGACAUGCACGCAUCAAGUGCUUCAUGUGUAAUGUCCAUGUUAUGCCCUGCAUUUACAACGGUUGUCAUGUUACGGAAAAGGCGAUUGUCGCUGGCCUCCUUGUACGAUGUAUGCGAGGCAUUUAUUGACAAACUGCAGAGUAGUUUUACAAUCUCAACCGAGCACACAGGUCCACCACGAAUAUUUCGGUCUUUGCGUGCCACGGGAAUAAUAGUCUACUCUCGCAUCUUACCUUUAUACAUGUUAACCUUUUGUACUGCAUUUGGGAAAGGGGGUGAAAUCCUCCCCCCCGUGAACCCAUCCCCAUAGAACCCAACACAAAAUGUUUCUCUGGCUAUGCUGCUGGGUUCUAAGAUGUCAAGUCCCAGCGGCUUGAGUCUCUCUUCACUGUUUUGUUGCAAAGCCUUCUUUUGAAAUAAAUUAGCGUUGUAUCUUGGA